AUGUCGGCUGACAAGUACUACACUCUUGCAGAAGGCUGUCCCUUCGCAAGCAGCAGCACUGCUGUGCUGAUGAGAAACAGACAGGGUGGUGGUCUUGGUCUCCUUCAGGACACCCAGCUCAUUGAGACUCUCGCACAUUUCUCUCGCGAGAGAAUCCCGGAGCGCGUCGUUCACGCCAAAGCUAUCGGAGCAUACGGAGAAUUCGAAGCGGAAGCCGACUGCUCCGAUAUAACAUCCGCCAGCUUUCUCAACAAGGCUGGAAAAAAGACUCCGGUUCUACUCAGAGUUUCCACCGUCGGCCCGGAGUCAGGCUCUGCCGAUACAUCUCGAGAUGUCCAUGGCUGGGCAAUGAAGAUGUAUACCGAUGAAGGCAAUCUAGACUGGGUCUUCAACAAUACCCCGGUCUUCUUCAUUCGGGAUCCCAUCAAGUUCCCUUCCAUGAACCGUUCUCACAAGAGGCACCCGCGGUCUCAUCUUCCUGAUGCAAACAUGUUCUGGGACUUCCACGUUGGAAACCCAGAAGGAAUUCACCAGCUCCUGGUUCUUUUCAGCGAUCGUGGAACACCUAAGUCAGUUCGUUAUCUGAACUCCUAUAGUGGACACACCUAUAAGUUCACCAAAGAGGAUGGCUCGUUCAAGUACAUCAAGAUCCACAUGAAGACCCGGCAGGGUGUCAAGAACUUCACUCGGGAAGAAGCAACUAAAAUUGCCGGCGAGGACCCUGACUACAUGAUUCGGGAUAUGUUUGAGGCCAUUGAAAGACAAGACUAUCCCUCGUGGGAUGUCUUUGUCCAAGUCAUGGAUCCAUCUGAGGCCGAGAACUACCGGUGGAAUAUCUUCGAUAUGACCAAAGUCUGGCCACACACGGACUUUCCCUUGAGGAAGAUUGGCAAGAUGACCCUGACCCGUAACCCCAACAACUAUUUCGCCGAUAUCGAGCAGGCGGCAUUUUCUCCAUCCACUAUGGUCCCGGGGUUUUCAGCUUCCGCCGACCCCGUUCUCCAAGCCCGUCUUUUCGCCUACCCCGACGCAGCCCGCUACCGCAUCGGUGUCAAUUACCAACAACUUCCAACAAACGCAGCCAAGGUCCAAGUAUAUUGCCCUUUCGAGCGAGAUGGCAAAAUGAGAUCCGACGGCAACUACGGCGGCGAUCCAAACUACGUCAACUCCUCCCUCCAACCAACCAAGUUUUACCCAGAAGUCAAAGGCGUCAGUCCCAAGUCACUGGCCCUGCAUACAGAACACGAGAAAUGGGUCGGUGAAGUUACAAGCUACACCAGCCAUAUCACGGACGAUGAUUUUGUUCAACCUGCUGCUUUGUGGGAUGUUAUUGGCCGCGAUCCGGGACAUCAGGAGAGAGUCGUUGAGAAUCUUGCUGGGAGUAUUAGGGAGGUUAAGUCGCCAAACCUGCGUAAUGAGGUUUACGCACUGUUUGGUCGUGUUAACCAGGAUCUUGGCGCUAGGGUUAGAAAGGCGACUGAAGCCGCGAUUAAAAAGUAG